AUAUCUUACAUUUUCCCGCUAGUGAUGAACGGCGCAUCUCCGGCUCAUUCUACGGUUUCGACGACCGCCGUAGCUGGAGGCGGUGGAAGCAGCGGAGCCGCCGCUGGUCUUGACGAUUUCCAUUUUCCACCGGACAUUCCUUCUAUGCAGGAUCGAAAAGACGAAGCCAUGCGCAUUUUGAAAUCUGAUUUGAUGGCUGAGCUUGACAAAGAGGUUAAAUCCUUGGAAGAAGACAAUUGGAUGUUCGACGGUCCUCGUUCUCGAAUCCAUCUUAUCUCGAGAAGAGGUAACUUUCUGAAGAAAGAAGGUGAAGCUGUGUCGAAAUCAAGCAUUGUUCAGCUUCCCAGAUGAUCAGAUUCAAGUAAGACGAUUCAGAAAUGGUCGCAAGCUUUUGAUUUGAUAUGUAUAAUUGUUUCGAUCGAUAGUGUUUGGUCACAAGAUUGCCACUAAGACGUUGACUGUGUUGUUUUCCUCCCUUUUCUACAAAUACGGAAUUUUGUUUUGUUAUAAAAGUUACUGUGGCUUAUACUUAUAUAGCCAUUUCAAUGGUGUUCAUGUAAAAAAAAGUGAAGAAAUAAUCAGCAACUAACCCAGAUUUUAAACUUGCAA